AUGGAACACCCCCACAACACCAGCAGAGCCGAAGCUGAACGCUUGCUCGGAAUCUCCGAGAAGCUGUUACUCAACAGAGAUCUCAACGGCUCAAGAGAGUUCGCACUCUUAGCCCAAGAAGCCGAACCCUUACUGGACGGCCCAGAUCAGAUCUUGGCCGUUACCCAGGUCCUUCUCGCCGCCGAUAAGCGGAUCAACAACCACCACGACUGGUACGCUAUACUCCAACUCGAGCGCCGUUCCGACGACCUCGAACUCAUCAAGAAACAGUUCCGGCGACUGGCUUUUCUUCUACAUCCGGACAAAAACAGGUACGCUUUCUCUGACACUGCGUUUAAGCUGGUCGCCGAUGCUUGGGCUGCGUUGUCGGACUCGAAAAAGAAGUUUCUGUUUGACAAUGAGUUGGGUCUGUACUCGAAGAUCGAUCUGGUGGCGACGAAGAAGCAGAGAGAAUUUCAAAAGCAACAACCACCACCACCAAAACAGCGUCAAAAAGAUCAGGAUCAUCAGACAUUUCCGGUGAGACGGGGCUCGCCGCCGGCGAGUACUGGCGGGGAGAAGGAAACGUCGAGUUUUUGGACGGCGUGUCCGUACUGUUACAACUUGUAUGAGUAUCCCAGGGAUUACGAGGGGUGUUGUUUGAGGUGUCAGAACUGUGAGAGGGCUUUUUCGGCGGUGGCUAUUCCGGAGAUGCCACCAUUGGUGCCGGGGAAGGAAGCGUAUAAUUGCUGUUGGGGAUUUUUUCCGAUGGGGUUUACGGUUUCGGGGUCGGAGGUUGGCAAAAGUGGGGGGUUUCCAGUUUGGGUGCCUCCCACGUUUUCUACAGGUGGGACGGCGACGACGGAGCCAGCGGUCUGGCCGAGUGGUGGAAACGGCGGUGGGUUUGUGAAUGUGGCGGAAGUGAAUGUGACUCCGGCUGGUACCAUGGCUAAGAAGAAGAGAGGUAGGCCUAGGAAGGUUGUGCAGGUGUAAUUAGGGGUUUUUGGGGGGCCCAAUGGGUUGAAAUGGUGUGAUUACGUCGUCGUUUUGAGAACAAAAAUGUCUCCACCCCUUGCCGUUAGCAUUUUGGAAAGUGAAGUUGAUAUGGGUUUGGGAAGCCUGUAGGCAUGGUUAUAGUUUGUUUGUUUAUAUGUAGCGUAUGUAGGGCUUAGAUGCUUGAAGAAUGUAGAUUUGCCUUGUAACUGACUGCUUCAGUGAUGAACUGUUUAACUUAUAAUCCAGCAGGAAUAUGAUUUUGGCAAGAA